GCUUCAAUCGUUUUGAAGGAGGCGGCGGCGAUACAUGGAAGAAUCGCCAUAUUAUGUACCACUCCUGGAUCCGAACUCUAAAGUCCGCUUAUCCUUGAAACCAACGUCGCCUUUGCUUUGACUUAUGCAAUGGCCAAGGGAACUCUCCCGUUCCCCACUGCGGAACUUAUCGGGACGUUCCUAGAAGCAAUCUUCUAUGGUAUUUAUUUGGUGAUCUUCCCGCAAUGUAUUGGGAUUCUCUUGAAAAGACGAAAGGACGGCGGACGACUUGUCAAAUGCUUUCUGGGAGUCAUGGCAUUCAGUUUCAUCCUCAUAACUAUGCACCUCUGCGUUGAUCUCACUCGCGCGUUCGCAGCUUUCACAGCGAAUAUGGACGUCCCCGGCUCUCCAGACAAGUACUACGCCAACGUUGAUUCGACACUGAACAUCAUGAAAACUGCGACCUACAGCACCACUACGGUCAUAUCGGAUGCUGUUCUACUGUUCCGCGCAUGGAUCGUCUGGGGGAGGAAUUACUUCAUUGUCACGGUCCCCAUCCUUCUGUGGUUUGCAGAUAUACUUCGUAUUUCCUCACUAUUGAACUGUACAAUUGACGGUAAUGUAGCUACAGCCGCUUGGUUCACCUGGUCAACCAACGUGGCUAAGCCUGGUGCCAGCGUGCUUAUCUCCGCCGUGUUCGCCAGGUCAAAGUAUUUUUAUGUUGUCACGCUCAUUCUAAACCUUCUUGGGUCUGUUCUGAUCGCGUUCAGACUCUGGUCGGUUCGGCGCAGAGUGAGUAGGCACACCUUUGGCCGGGUUCCCAAUGUUAUCUCCAUUGUUGUUGAGUCCGCUGCCAUUUACUCCGUUCUUCUGAUAGUCAUGAUUGCAACAAGCGUAGCAGACGAAUCUGCCCACUUCUUCUUCCUCAAUUCGAUGGCUCCUGUCGUUGGCUCCGUAUUCUCCUACGUUAUACUCCGCAGUUCGGGAGACGCCUCUACUGAAUAUGAGGCCGCUAUCAAAGGCAUCAGAACUUCAAUGCGCUUUCGCAGAACCAGCAAGACUCAGGCAGCGAGCGUUGAACUUUAUCUUGAGCAAAUCGUCCGCGCUGACGAGGAGAAUCCGCCAUUCAGCCCGGAAGAAGAUCAUUCUCCGAUAAAGAGAAGUCCAGCAGAUUUCUAACCUUGAUCCUACCUUUCUUGGUGUAUUUAUUCUUUUCUUCUGACCACCGAUCCCUCUUGCUUCUGUUUUCAUGGCGCAUCACACGGUCUUUCCAUUCUCGCACUACUUGUUUUAUGAGGCUAUGGCAGUUGAUUGAGGAAUAAUACUACUUAUUGAGAGCUACAGACUGAUGCUUGCAGA